UUUGACUUAAAACACGUGUUGUCAAAAAUCAAAUAUAACCUCACUUUAAAAAUUCAUUAAAAUGGUUCGAAAGAAAAUUGAUAAUAGAAUAAGAGUACUUAUUGAAAAUGGUGUUAAAUUGGGGCAUAGAACCUUAUUUGUUAUCGUUGGAGAUAAAGGAAGAGAUCAGGUUGUUAUUUUACACCACAUGUUAACAAAAGCGGAAGUAAAAGCAAGACCUUCCGUUUUAUGGUGUUAUAAAAAGGAAUUAGGAUUUAACAGCCACAGAAAGAAACGUAUGAAACAACUACAACAUAAAAUAAAAGCAGGGAAAUUAAAUGUAAACGAAGAUGAUCCCUUUGAAUUGUUUUUAUCAUCUACUAAAAUUAGAUAUUGUUAUUACUCAGAAACUCAUAAAAUUUUGGGUAACACUUACGGGAUGUGUGUGCUUCAAGAUUUCGAAGCGUUAACGCCGAAUUUAUUAGCUCGAACGAUAGAAACUGUUGAAGGUGGAGGACUUGUUGUUAUAUUAUUAAAAUCGUUAAACUCUUUAAAACAAUUAUACACAAUGUCUAUGGAUGUUCAUCAAAGAUUUAGAACAGAGGCACAUCAAGAUGUUGUUUGUAGAUUCAACGAAAGAUUUUUGCUUUCUUUGGCUUCUUGUAAAAGAUGUUUAGUUGUUGAUGAUCAAUUAUCAGUUUUACCAAUUUCCUCGCAUAAUUUACAUCUUGAACCGAUUGAAAAAAACACAGAACCAUCAGAAAAUGAUGCAGAAUUAGAAAGUUUAAAAGAAUCUUUAAGAGAAACCCAACCGGUUGGAGUUUUAGUAAAUUGUUGUAAAACUUUAGAUCAAGCAAAAGCUUUAUUAAAAUUUAUUGAAGCAAUUUCUGAGAAAUCUUUAAGAUCAACAGUUUCGUUAACUGCAAGUAGAGGGCGGGGUAAAUCAGCCGCUUUGGGGUUAUCCGUAGCAGCAGCAAUUGCUUUUGGUUAUUCAAACAUUUUCGUAACCAGCCCAAGCCCAGAAAAUUUAAACACAUUCUUUGAAUUCGUUUUUAAAGGAUUCGAUUCUUUAGAAUAUCAAGAACAUAUUGAUUACAGUUUAAUUCAAUCCACAAACCCCGAAUUUAAUAAAGCAAUCGUUCGAGUAAAUAUUUUUAGAGAACACCGCCAAACUAUUCAAUAUAUUCACCCAACUGAUAGUCAUCGAUUAUCUCAAGCUGAAUUAGUUGUAAUUGAUGAAGCAGCCGCGAUUCCUUUACCAUAUGUUAAAGCUAUGUUAGGACCGUAUUUGGUGUUUUUAGCUUCAACAAUAAAUGGUUAUGAAGGUACUGGAAGGUCGCUUUCUUUGAAGUUAUUACAGCAAUUACGAGUUCAAGCAGCGCCUGUUGGGGCUAAUACUAACGCUGCAAAUAAAAAGGAAAAUAGUGGGGCUGCUACUGGGAGAACUUUACAUGAAGUAACUCUCGAAGAAUCAAUUCGUUAUAAAUCAGGUGAUGAUGUUGAAACAUGGUUAACAAAGCUGCUUUGUUUGGAUGCUACAUCAGUAGCACCAAUUUUAAGUGGUUGUCCACCUCCGGAAAGUUGCGAUUUAUAUUAUAUCAAUAGAGACACACUUUUUUGUUAUCAUCGAGCAUCGGAGGAAUUUUUACAAAGACUCGUUGCAUUAUACGUUGCUUCUCAUUACAAAAACACUCCAAAUGAUUUACAAAUGAUGUCAGAUGCACCAGCACAUCAUCUUUUUUGUUUAUUAGGACCCGUUGAUCCUAGUAAAAAACGUUUACCCGAAAUUUUGGUUGUUAUCCAAGUGUGUUUAGAAGGGGAAAUUUCGAAGAGUACGGUUGUGGAAGGAUUUUCUCGUGGUAAACGAGCUUCCGGUGAUCUUAUUCCUUGGACUAUUGGUCAACAGUAUCAAGAUACUGAUUUCCCAAAACUUUGUGGUGCUAGAAUUGUUCGAAUAGCAACUCAUCCUGAUUAUCAAGGAAUGGGUUAUGGAGCAAGGGCUUUAACACUUUUAAAGGAUUAUUAUGAGUUUAAAGUAACUAAUAUCGACGAAGACCAAAUCAUUCAAGAAGAAAUAUCGAAUGUAGCAGAAGAAGAGGUUGAUUUAUUAGAAGAAACUAUUGAACCAAGAAAAUCUUUACCGCCGCUUUUAUUAAAAUUAAGCGAACGGCAACCGGAAAAAUUAGAUUAUUUAGGCGUUUCUUAUGGACUUACAGAACAAUUAUUAAAAUUUUGGAAAAAAGCUGGAUAUAUUCCGGUUUAUCUUCGCCAAACAACAAAUGAUUUAACCGGGGAACAUUCAUGUAUCAUGUUAAAUGUUGUUAACACAACUGAAAAUAACGAUGAUUGGUUGGGGGCUUAUUGGAUUGAUUUUAGACGAAGAUUUACUUCGUUAUUAUCAUACCAAUUUCGCACAUUUUCCCCUUCACUUUCAUUAAGCGUUCUUAACAACAAAUCAAGAAAAACAACAACAAGAAUUAUGACGAAAACCGAAUUAAACAUACAUUUCACUAAUUAUGACGUAAAAAGACUUGAAAUGUAUAGCAAUAAUUUAGUUGAUUAUCAUUUAAUCGUUGAUUUAAUGCCAGCGUUAGCUAAAAUCUACUUUUUAAAUCAAAUGGGUGAUGUUAACAUGUCUGCUGUACAAUCAGCUAUUUUAUUAGGAAUAGGUUUACAACAUAAAACAGUUGAUGAAUUAUCAAAAGAUUUAGAAUUACCGUCAUCUCAAUUAUUAGCUCUUUUUAAUCGUUUAAUUAGAAGAAGUGUACAACAUUUGAAUGGGAUUUUAGAACAAGACGUUGAAAAAGCAAUGAUUCCUAGACAAGAUGUUCAUUUAAAUCCCGUCGCUAAAAGCAUGCACGAUGAAUUAGAAGAAGCUGCAAAAGAAUUAGAAAAGAAGCAGAAAAAAGAACUCGAAAAGUUAAAAAAAGAAAAUUUUGAUCAAUUUGCUAUAAAAGGCGCCGAAAGCGAAUGGAAUAAAGCUUUAUCUAAUAAAAGUAGAAAGAGCUUAAUUUCAGUUAAAACUGGUGAGAAACGAAUGCACGAAAAUAAUGGUGACGAUGUGGAGCAAAAAGAAAAAAAGAUGAAACAUCCGACGAAAAAGAAGAAAAAAAGGUUUAGUUUGUAGGUUUAUACAAAAA